CCGGGCCGCUGAGGGCGGAGGGCGGUGGCAGCGCUGGCGCUGGGAACCGGCUCGGUGGCUUCAGCAAACAGUUUGGCGCCGGCGGCUGCCCGCCUCACUCCACAUCCCGCCCGCGGCACGGCUUGCAGCCCACUCGCCACUGGCGUCCGGCGAUGUGUCCCACCGACCGGGCAUAGCAGCUGCGCGUGCGCGGAACCGCGGGGCCAUGAGCGAAGCCGGCGGCGGCCGGGGCUGUGGGUCCCCGGUCCCCCAGCGAGCGCCAUGGAGCCUGGUGGCGGCGACGGCCGCGCUCUGCCUGGUGUCGGCCACGUCCGUGGGGACGGCGGUGGCCGCGCCCAUGAGUAGGGAGGAGAAACAGAAGCUUGGGAAUCAAGUACUGGAAAUGUUUGAUCAUGCUUAUGGUAACUAUAUGGAACAUGCCUACCCAGCUGAUGAACUCAUGCCUUUAACCUGUAGAGGUCGAGUGAGAGGCCAGGAGCCAAGCCGGGGUGACGUGGAUGAUGCCUUGGGAAAAUUUUCCCUGACACUGAUUGAUUCUUUGGAUACUCUUGUGGUAUUAAAUAAAACUAAAGAAUUUGAGGAGGCUGUGAGAAAAGUUUUAAGAGAUGUUAAUUUAGAUAAUGAUGUCGUUGUAUCUGUCUUUGAAACAAACAUCAGAGUUCUGGGGGGUCUUUUGGGUGGACACUCACUGGCAAUCAUGCUGAAAGAAAAAGGUGAAUAUAUGCAGUGGUACAAUGAUGAACUUCUGCAAAUGGCAAAGCAGUUGGGCUACAAACUUUUACCGGCUUUCAAUACUACCAGUGGCCUUCCUUACCCAAGAAUCAAUUUAAAGUUUGGCAUCAGAAAACCGGAAGCUCGCACAGGAACUGAGACAGAUACCUGUACAGCAUGUGCGGGUACCUUGAUCCUUGAGUUUGCUGCUUUAAGUCGAUUCACAGGAGCAACAAUAUUUGAGGAAUAUGCAAGAAAAGCUCUUGAUUUUCUCUGGGAAAAAAGACAGCGAAGUAGUAAUUUAGUGGGUGUGACUAUCAACAUUCAUACUGGAGAUUGGGUGCGGAAAGAUAGUGGAGUUGGAGCAGGGAUUGAUUCAUAUUAUGAGUAUCUGUUGAAAGCCUAUGUCUUGCUUGGAGAUGACAGUUUUCUGGAAAGAUUUAAUACACACUAUGAUGCCAUAAUGAGGUACAUUAGCCAGCCCCCUCUUCUACUUGAUGUGCAUAUCCACAAACCAAUGCUGAAUGCACGGACUUGGAUGGAUGCUUUGCUUGCCUUUUUUCCAGGCUUACAGGUUUUAAAGGGGGAUAUUAGACCUGCUAUUGAAACUCAUGAAAUGCUAUAUCAGGUGAUUAAAAAACACAAUUUUCUACCAGAGGCAUUUACUACAGAUUUCAGGGUACAUUGGGCUCAACAUCCUUUAAGACCAGAAUUUGCAGAAAGUACCUACUUCUUAUAUAAAGCUACAGGAGAUCCUUACUACCUUGAAGUAGGGAAAACACUUAUUGAAAAUUUAAAUAAGUAUGCUAGAGUGCCUUGUGGAUUUGCUGCCAUGAAGGAUGUUCGGACUGGAAGUCAUGAGGACAGAAUGGAUUCUUUCUUCUUGGCUGAAAUGUUUAAAUAUCUUUAUCUAUUAUUUGCUGAUAAAGAAGACAUAAUUUUUGACAUAGAAGAUUACAUCUUUACAACAGAAGCCCAUCUGUUGCCUCUUUGGCUCUCUACUACAAAUCAAAGCAUCUCGAAGAAGAACACAACCUCAGAAUAUACAGAACUGGAUGACAGUAAUUUCGAUUGGACUUGCCCAAAUACUCAGAUUCUCUUCCCUAAUGAUCCAUUAUAUGCCCAGAGCAUUCGUGAACCCUUGAAAAAUGUGGUGGAUAAGAGCUGUCCAAGAGGCAUCAGCAGAGUCAGAGAGGAGAGUUUCAGGAGUGGAGCUAAACCCCCUCUGAGAGCCAGAGAUUUCAUGGCCACUAACCCUGAACAUUUAGAAAUACUGAAGAAGAUGGGGGUGAGUUUGAUUCACCUCAAAGAUGGGAGAGUCCAGUUGGUCCAACAUGCAAUCCAAGCUGCUAGUUCAAUUGAUGCUGAAGAUGGAUUGAGGUUCAUGCAGGAGAUGAUUGAAUUGUCAAGUCAGCAACAGAAAGAACAACAGCUGCCUCCACGAGCUGUGCAAAUUGUUUCCCACCCAUUUUUUGGCAGAGUAGUAUUGACCGCUGGACCAGCUCAGUUUGGGCUGGAUCUGUCUAAACAUAAAGAGACGAGAGGAUUUGUGGCAAGCAGUAAACCAUACAAUGGCUGUUCAGAGCUUACUAACCCCGAGGCAGUGAUGGGAAAAAUUGCACUGAUACAAAGAGGACAGUGCAUGUUUGCAGAAAAGGCUCGCAACAUCCAGAACGCUGGCGCCAUCGGUGGCAUUGUCAUUGAUGACAACGAGGGGAGCAGCAGUGAUACUGCCCCUCUGUUCCAGAUGGCAGGUGACGGGAAGGACACUGAUGACAUCAAGAUCCCCAUGCUGUUCUUAUUCAGCAAAGAAGGCAGCAUCAUACUGGAUGCCAUCCGGGAAUACGAAGAGGUCGAAGUGCUCCUUUCUGAUAAAGCAAAAGAUCGAGCAGCAAUAUUAAAAGGUAAAAUGAUUCCAAGCUACAUUAUUAAUAGUAAUCCUGAAUUGGAAAAUGAAGAGCAACCAUCCUCUGAAAAUGAUUCUCAGAAUCAAAGUGCUGAACAGAUUAUAUCAAUUUCUCAGGCAGUUGAUUUGGUUGAUCAAGAGUCUCCUGAGGAAAGUUCUCUGAACUCUCACCCAGAGUCAUUGUCCCCAGCAGAUAGUGACGAUGCUGCAAGCAUUUCCCCUUCUGAACAGACUUCUAAUCCCACAGAAGACCAUGAGACUACAAGUCUUGAUGGUGAAUGUACAGAUUUAGAUAACCAACUUCAAGAACAAUCAGAAACUGAGGAAGAUUCCAGUCCUAAUGUCAGCUGGGGUAAAAAGGUCCAGCCUAUAGACUCCAUAUUAGCAGACUGGAAUGAAGAUAUAGAAGCAUUUGAAAUGAUGGAGAAGGAUGAACUAUGACUCACUAAAGAAUCUCGUGGUAGGUAUUUUAAAAGUAAAGGUAAACAGUGGUCAUAGACACCCUCAUACUGAGCAGGGUCUCCAGUGGGAGGCUUUAAGUAUGGUGAUGAGCAACCACGUUCUGACUGGGAUUGGUAGUUGUCAUAGGAAUCGGGAGCAUGCUGUGUUAGAAUUGACCUUGUUUAAACUGUCCCAUCAAAAGUGGAAACUCUCAGUCCCCCCCUCAAAUGACAGUGUUGCACACCCUGCAGCAUGUCAGGCCAGGGAAAGAUUACUGGGCAUUUCUGGGAACCACAAUUCUCGUCUGGAUAGACAAGAAAUACAUUCAGUUAAUAAUGGAGUGGGAAUAGGAGUUUGUGUGGCUUUCUGAUUAAAGGAAGCUUUGUUUUCCUGGUUUGGGGGUUAAAAGCUCUUUUGGGGAAGAUACAUGUGGGUCUUGUGGCAUUCUGAUUAUGCUGCCUUCACAAAAUCACUCUAAGUGACCUAAGUGGUUAUGAAACAAACAUUCAUCGUGAAAAGUUUUUGCUCAUCGCUUAUGCUUACUUUGUUCAGUGACAAAGGAUUAAGAUGACUUGAUUUUUCCCCCCUCCUAACAAUGUUCUUUUCAUUUAAACCAAAGGUUAAACCAAUAUACUUUCUCAGUGAGUUUUCUACAUAAAGACUUAUCAGUGGGAUGAGGUAAAAAGAUCAUAUGUUAUGGAAAUUGGUUACUUACUACUUUUGAUAAAUGGAGGAAGGGAGAAACUAUAAGUUGCAAUAUGAAUUUUCAUGGGGCCUUCCAUAGGGAAAGCUGUGACUACCCGGAAAUGGGGCUUAGAGUUAUAUCCUUGUGGGGUAGAUUAUAAAUCUUUUCCAGUUCAUUUCUCUUGGAGGUGGUUACCUCUAGCCAUCAGCCUUACUCCAGCCCAUGUUUAGUAUGCAGUUUGAGCCAACAGGCCCCGAUAGCCAACCUGAUUAUGUUCUGUUCCAUUUUUCUAUCUUAUGGAGCCAUGAUAAAAGUGGUAGUGUUCUAAAAUUCCCAUUUUUCUCCUUUGAAACUUUUGUUUCUAAAGUUACACUAAGGAAUCUGUCACAUUUUCUGUUGAAUCAUGAUUUUUAGGAUUUUUUGUUUGUUUUGUUUUAACAUAUUCUUUCUGAUGUGGACUUGAAAAUUAGUCUAUGGUGAUCUGUGUAAAAAAAUUUACACAGUAGCAACUACAUAUAGCCAUAUAGCUUAAUGGGAAAAAAUUCUCCCCCCUUUUUUUAU